CGUCUGCCAAGCCUUGAUGGCGGGCAAGGCGAAGCAGGUCGAGGGCGAGUCCGAGUGCUGCGAGUGAUGCAAUGGCGGGCGCUCCUCUGAUCUGCAUCGACCUGAUGGCGUGCCAGGCUUGUUCAGCAGAGGUGAUCUUGAUCCACUCGAUAUGGUGGGGCAGCAAGAGCUGGUCUACAAUCUCGACGUAGCCCUUGCCUUCAAACUGGGCGGGGUCGCCGUCUGGCAUUCGUAUCGCUCGUAGCUUGUCAUCUUGCUUGCCGUUCGCUCCCUUGGCUGACAUCUUGCCUCCUCCUCCUCCUCCUGAUCCUCCUCGGCGGCCAAGGACAGCGCGAGGUUUCUCUGCUGGCGUGCAGUGUCGAGCGUAUGAGCUUGUUCGCUCGAGCUGCGUCUGCCUUUCGACUGCGAGGAGGAGCAAAGACGAGCGCAGAGCAGCAGGAGAGGACAGCGCUCCGUCGACGAGUCCUCCGUGGCUUGCUAUGGCUCCCCGUCGCCAUCUUUGUCGAGGACAACAUCGGCUCCGUUGCACGCAUCACCGGUCGAUCGAUGCAGCCUGCUCUGAACCCAGAUAGCUCGAGAUUGCACGAGGAUGUCGUCUUGCUCGAUAAAUGCUCGGUCUGGUGGUCUGCCUACCAGCGUGGCCAGGUCGUCGUCAUGAGAUGCCCUAUACCGCCCUACGGUACCUCUGUCAAGCGUAUCAUCGGCUUGCCGGGCGAUCUGGUCAAGACGAGACGACCCUAUCCCGACCGCUACGUCAAAGUACCUGAAGCACACUGCUGGGUGGAAGGCGACGAGUCCUUCCACUCUACAGACUCGAACACUUUUGGACCGAUACCCAUCAAGCUUAUCGAUGCGAGAGUGGCCUAUAUCCUCUGGCCGGGUUCGCGAUGGGGUACGGUGAUACCCUCUGCUCGUCCCUCUCGCGUCAUACACGCCAAGCGAAAGCCGGCAUGGGCAGAAGCAGACGAGAGGCGGAGCGCGUUUGCAGAUGUCUAGUCAGCUGUCGCGUUCAGCCACACGACUCUGUCUGCUGGCGAGUCUCAUAGGCUUUCAGUCGCUCGCGUUUGUCGGCCUCGUUGCGCGCUCGACGCUGCUCUGUUUCGAGCCGUUUGGCCGCUUUGGCUUCCUCGAAAGCCGAUCGAGCUGGCGAACCGUCAUCCUUGCUGUCCAGCUGGAUAGUCACUGGGCCCCAGUUGACCAGGCUGACGUCCAUCAUGGCCCCAAACCGGCCGUCUGCGAUCUUGCCGUCGUAGGACUGCCCCAGACGAAAGAGCAGCUGC